GAUUCGCGCGUUACUAAUCGAAGUUGCGCGCUGGCAUUGUGGUAGGAAAACUGAUAUCAAACUGAAUAAAUAUACCGUUGCAUCGCGCGAACAGUUCAGACCUGUUGGAACAAUACUCGUGAAAGAUGGAUCGUUUCGCUGGAAAGAUAGCAAUAGUGACUGGCGCCAGCAGUGGUAUCGGUGCUGCGACCACGAAAGCUUUUGUGGAACACGGUGUUAAGGUGGUGGGUCUGGCGAGAAGAGUGAACAAGCUCGAGGAGUUGGCUGCUAAACUGGGCAAGGAUAAGUUCUACCCCAUAAAAUGCGACCUGACGAAAGAGGAAGACAUCACGAACGCCUUCAAAUGGGUCGAGAAGAAUCUAGGAUGCGCUUGUAUUCUCGUCAACAACGCUGGAACCAUCGUUGCGGAACCAAUCAUAGCCUCGUCCACCGAAUCCUACUACAAAGUGAUAGAUACCAACUUGAUAUCGGCAGCAAUUUGCGCACGAGAAUUUGCACAGGCUUUGAAGAAGUGCGACAGGCCUGGACACAUAGUUAACAUCAACAGCAUAGCUGGACACUAUGCGGCAGCCUUACAUAUUCCAGUUGGUAUGUACGGGGCCAGUAAAUAUGCGUUGACGGGAUUGUGCUCGGAACUGCGCCACGAAUUUAUUAUGAACAAACAGAAAAUAAAGGUUACGAGCAUCAGUCCUGGAGCAGUGCAAACAGAAAUGUUUCAGAAUGUGGCAAACGCUGAUAGCACUAUACUGGUAUUGACGGACAAGGACAUCGCUGAUGCAGUAGUUUAUACCGUAGGAACCCCACCAGGUGUAGAGGUCCACGAACUCACAAUUAUGCCACAAGGUGAAAUCAUCGGCAUUCCAGCGUCAAUGGCAGAGAAAUAUAUCCAGGCUCAGAUAAAGGCAACGGAAAAUCGCGUGGUCUAUCAGUGCUCGAAGAACAAUAUCGCAACGAUGGAUCGAUGGAUUGGAAAGGUAGCGAUCGUGACUGGCGCCAGUGCUGGUAUUGGUGCGUCAACUGUGAAAGUCCUCGUGGGCUAUGGCGUAAAAGUGGUCGGUUUAGCUAGAAACAUGGAAAAGCUCGAGAAGAUGUCCGCAGAACUGGGCAAGGAUAAGUUCUACCCCAUAAAAUGCGACCUGAGGAAAGAGGAGGACAUCACGAAUGCCUUCAAGUGGGUUGAAACCAAGCUGGGAGGCGCUGACGUGCUCAUCAACAAUGCUGGGAUUGCUACUUCACAAAUGAUCAUUGAGAACCCCACCGAGGAAUACCGAAAAAUAUUAGACACCAACGUACUCGCACCAGCAAUUUGUUCGCGCCUGUUCGCGCAGUCCAUGAAAAAACGCAAUGGAUCUGGCCACAUAAUUAAUAUUAACAGCAUCGUCGGUCACUUCGCGGAGACUAUAUUUCAACCAAUGGGUAUGUACCCGGCCAGUAAAUACGCUCUGAGGGCAUUGUCCACGGAACUACGACACGAAUUCAUCAACUCUAAACUGAAAAUAAGGGUCACGAGCGUCAGCCCUGGAGGUGUAGAGACGGAUUUGGUGUAUUGUCUACCCGAUGAAAUUCUUAAACAGGUGAAAAUAUUGCACCCCAAUGACAUCGCCGACGCAGUAGCUUACGCAUUAGGAACACCAGAAAACGUGGAGAUCAUCGAAAUCACGAUAAUGCCAAAGAACGAGUAUAUCUACGCUCCAGCACCGAAGAAAUAAAUUCACAUUUCUAAGCAGCGUUGUAAGCUUCACUGUGUCAGAUAUUAAAGCUAUAAGUAAUUUGCCUGUGUACAAAUAAAGUUGUGCAAAAAAUAAAGGAGACAGAAACGUUUCCAAAAA